CAUCAACAUCAUGGAAAGUCUAUCUGGGGGAUCAACGCCAAAGAGGCACUCGAGACACGGUUCCUCCGGUCGAGCACUCCCUAGACGCUCCACUCGUGGGCCUUUGGAUAUCAACGAAUCUCCAAUAUCACCAAGCACAUCAACAACGCCAUCGAAUCUUGUCCAUCAAUCAUCAUCCCUCCUCUCGCCCUCAGCCUCCCAAUACGCAACCCCACGCCUGCCCUCCCCCCAACCAGGCUCCAACCUCUCAACCCUCACCUCGCCUUCCUUCCGCACCGCCCGCUCAACCCUCUCUCCCUCUCGCUCAACCACCCAACUUCAAAAAGACUUCACCUUCCUCCUACGCCCGGAAAUCUACCACUCUCUAACCCUCCUCGACGUCCCACCCCCCUUCCGCCUCGCCAGCGCCCAACCCUCACCCUCUUCUUCCCUCUCCUCUCUGGUAUCCCAAGGCCACUACCGCUCCGCAGCCAUCAAAGCCGCCCAACUCCUCACCUCCACCAACCCUCCCCCAUCUUCGCACACCGAGAUCUUCGACUUGAUCUACACCCGCCUAAGCUGUCUUACCCUCUGCAACCAAACCACCCUCGCCGCGCAAGAAGUCAAAGCGCUCGAAGACCUUAACUCAAACUACUACCGCGACGACCUCUCCGGCGCCCACCUUGUGCCAUGGGAACUCCGCGUUCUCGCUGUCCGGCUACAGGGCAUGGGCUUCAACGACGCUCGACGGGGCAUAAUGGGGUACUACGACCUCGCGCGCGAAGCUCGCCUCUCUCUCACAUCGCUUAAGAAACAAGAUCCUCGGCCUCUGGACGAGAUAGCGGUGUGGGAAUCUCGGCUAGAGGAGCUGGGGAUCCGGGUGGCGAGCGCGUUGAUCGAGAUGGAGGACCUGGAGGGCGCGACGCGGUUCCUUGCUACGCUGAAGACUAGUGGUGAUGAGAAUGGGGUGCGGAAAGCGUUGCUGUGGCUUUGUCUCGGGGACGUUGAGGCCGCUCGCUCGUCCAUCCCCUCUUCCUCCUCUUCCUCCUCCUCCGACCAUGACGAAGAAAACAAAACCAUCCUCGCCCUAUCACACAUGGCAGACUCCUCCUUCUCCCUCGCCAUCCCUCUCUGGGAAUCCCUCCUCACCACCUCCCCACCCUCCCCCAACUCAGCCCUCUACUCCCAAAACCUAGCCAUCGCCCUCCUGUACCUCGGCCGCAUGGCAGAAGCACGCACGAUACUAGAGCGUUUGGUAGAGCAGGGAAACAGUUUCCACGCGCUGACGUUCAAUCUAUCGACGAUCUAUGAGCUGUGUACGGAGCGCAGCCAGGCGCUGAAGAUUGGGCUUGCGGAGAGGGUUGCGGGGAUGGGGAUAGAGGAGCAAGGCAGAGAGGGAGAGGAGGGCGGGAAGAGGGGAUGGGAGAAGGUUAAUGGGGAUUUUAAGUUGUAGGGUGUUUGUGGGUUUGUGGGUUGUUUACAUUAAGUUUGAAGGAUUGGGAGUGUUUUCAGUGUCCGGAUGUUGUAUUUCAUGUGUGCGAGAGACAUCGAUCCGGGGUUUUACUAGAGUCUUCACUGGAGGCUUCACUAUGACUAAGCUCAGUCAAGUCAAUGAAGAUAUCUCAGCUUUCUUUCGGUUCACAUGCUCUUAGUCAAAACCUAUGAGCAGUUAGUGAACGUUAGAAAUUAUGUAGGAUUUGAUACCAGAGGGGGGUCAUAGGGAAUUAAUGAGAAGCAAGCCUCAC